AUGGCUCCAGGUGGCGGAGGCAAUAUCAAGGUGGUGGUGCGCGUGCGACCUUUUAAUAGUAGAGAAAUCGAUCGCGGCGCAAAAUGUAUCGUUUCUAUGAAAGGUGCCCAGACGGUGCUCAUCCCACCGCCGGGUAUGGAGGACAAAACAUCGUCGCGAAAGGGUGGCAAGGGCGGCGAUGGAGGGCCCAAAACCUUUGCAUUCGAUCGAUCAUAUUGGUCUUUUGAUAAGAAUGAUCCAAACUAUGCCGGACAAGACAAUCUUUUCGAUGACCUGGGCUCGCCGUUGUUAGAUAAUGCGUUUGGUGGCUACAAUAACUGUAUCUUUGCAUACGGUCAGACAGGUUCCGGAAAGUCAUACUCGAUGAUGGGAUAUGGAAAGGAAUACGGUGUCAUCCCUCGAAUCUGCCAAUCGAUGUUCGAACGCAUUGCCGAGAUCCAGCAAGACAAACAUCUCAAUUGUACGGUCGAGGUCUCGUAUCUUGAAAUCUACAAUGAACGGGUCCGCGAUUUGCUCAACCCGUCAAACAAAGGCAACUUGAAGGUCCGCGAGCAUCCAUCGACCGGUCCAUACGUGGAAGAUCUGGCCAAGUUGGUAGUGCGCUCGUUUGACGAAAUUGAGCACUUGAUGGACGAAGGAAAUAAAGCGAGAACAGUGGCUGCGACCAACAUGAACGAAACAUCGAGUCGUUCACAUGCUGUCUUUACUCUCAUCCUCACGCAGAAACGUCACGAUGCAGAGACGUCAAUGGAUGGUGAAAAGGUGUCCAAGAUCAGUCUAGUUGAUUUGGCAGGUUCCGAAAGAGCGAAUUCCACCGGGGCCACUGGAGCAAGGUUGAAGGAAGGUGCAGAGAUCAACCGUUCACUUUCAACACUUGGUCGUGUCAUUGCAGCCUUGGCGGACGUUUCCGCUGGAAAAAAGAAGAACGCAUCAAUGGUACCAUAUCGUGACUCUGUUCUCACAUGGCUGCUGAAAGAUUCACUGGGAGGUAACUCCAUGACUUCAAUGAUUGCGGCUAUCUCACCAGCAGACAUCAACUUCGAGGAGACGUUGAGUACUCUACGAUACGCCGACUCGGCUAAGCGUAUCAAGAACCAUGCGGUGGUGAACGAAGAUCCUAAUGCUCGCAUGAUCCGCGAACUUAAGGAGGAAUUGGACAGGCUACGAUCGAAACUAGGAGGCGGGGCUGGUGCAGGUGGAGCCGGUGGUAUGCCCACGGAGGAAGUUGUUUAUCCCCCUGAUACUCCUCUGGAAAAGCAAAUCGUCUCUAUUCAGCAACCCGACGGUUCUGUCAAGAAAGUUUCCAAAGCAGAAAUUGUGGAACAGCUGAACCAAAGUGAGAAACUCUAUAAGGAUCUGAACCAGACAUGGGAAGAAAAACUUCAAAAGACCGAAGAAAUCCACCAAGAGCGGGAAGCUGCCUUGGAGGAACUGGGUAUCAAUAUCGAGAAAGGUUUCAUCGGAUUAAGUGGUCCUAAAAAGAUGCCUCACUUGGUCAAUUUAAGCGAUGAUCCUUUGUUGGCAGAAUGCUUGGUCUACAACAUCAAACCAGGAACUACAACAGUCGGUCACAUGGAUGAAGGAGCCGGCAUCGAAAUUCGAUUAAAUGGAUCCAAGAUCCUUCCCAAGCACUGUACCUUUGAGAAUGUGGACAAUGUGGUGACCGUCAUUCCAACCGAAGGCGCUGCUGUCAUGGUCAACGGUCUCCGAAUCGACAAGCCCACGAGACUUAAGAGUGGUUUUCGUAUUAUACUGGGCGACUUCCAUAUCUUCCGUUUCAACCACCCCCAAGAGGCACGGGCUGAAAGAGUCGAGCAGAGCUUACUGCGACAUUCUGUGACUGCCAGUCAACUUGGAUCGCCGGCGCCGACCCCGAAUAAAACGCACGACCGUAACCUGAGCAAGACUGGAUCCGAAUUCGAUGGUGAUUCCAGCAGAGCAGAUUCCCCGAUGCCGUCGCAACGUGGAAGAGAGUCUGAUUGGUGGCUAGCUCGAAAAGAGGCGGUUAGUGCAAUGUUGGGACCUGAUCACAUCUCUCAUAUGCCCGAUGAUGAGCUUGACGCUCUAUUCGAGGACGUGCAGAAAGCUCGGGCUGUACGCCGUGGGCUCCCUGAGAACGAGGAAGAUUCGGAUUCGCUCAGCUCGUUUCCCGUGCGAGACAAGUAUAUGUCCAACGGAACUAUUGACAACUUUUCUCUUGAUACUGCAAUUACCAUGCCAGGUACUCCUCGACAGAAUGGUGAAGAAGAUGGAGUUAAUGGCGCUGCUUCAUUGAGCUCUGUUCGCCAAGACAUGCAGCGCCAAUUGGACCGCCAAAAGGAGGAAUUUCAAGAUAGGUUGAAAAAUGCAGAGGCCUCCUCAAAUCCUGACCAGGGAGAAAUUCAGUCUGAGAAGCAACGCAUGGAGGAAGCCUUGAAGACGGCCAAGGAUGAGUUCGAAGAGCAGCUCAGACGCCAGAAAGAGAACUUCGAAACCCAGAUGCGAGAAGCCGGGAAACCUAUAACUACAAUCUACGAAAAUGGCUAUGCAAGGUUGAAUGAGCGGGAGCUGGAAAUUGCUCAGGGCAUUUUCCGUCACUGGUCCCAGCGCAACUAUGUUCGCAUGGCAGAAAAGAUUCUACAGCAUGCAUCCCUUCUCAAGGAGGCGCAGGUCAUGAGCCAGAUCAUGGACAAGCACGUGGUUUUCCAAUUCGCUGUUGUAGACCAUGGGCAUAACAUGGCCUCUUCUUAUGAUCUUGUUCUGAACGGAAUCUCUGGUGAUGAGGAUAUUGUUCUCGAAGAAGCCAAGAAGCCAUGCGUUGGGGUCCGAGUCAUUGACUACAAACAAUGUGUUAUUCACCUCUGGUCUAUCGAAAAGUUGCAGCGCCGCGUACAGUCAAUGCGACAGCUACAUCAGUAUAUCGACCGCCCGGAUUACAUCCAGCAUUUUCGACUGGAGAACCCGUUUUCGGAGCCUUGUUCGCCUCAGUAUUCACUCAUCGGAGAUGCUGAUAUUCCACUGACUGCUGUUUUCGAAACCCGCGUACAAGAUUUCUCGGUCGAAGUCACCUCGCCCUACACCCAGAGUGCGAUUGGAAUCAUUCGGCUGUCGCUAGAGCCGUCUUCUGCGCAAGCACCUUCAUCCACCCUGAAAUUCAAUGUGGUGAUGCGCGACAUGGUCGGAUUCGCUGAGUGGGAAGGGACGGAUGUCCAUGCCCAACUGUUUGUUCCAGGUAUCUCGGAGGAAGGUGGCGCUACAACGACGCAAAUGAUCAACGGCUUUGAAGAGAGCCCUGUACGAUUCGAAAGCGUGCAUAGUAUGAGUCUGCCACUCUCCAGCCCUCGGACAGCUGCACUGAAGGUUUGCGUAUUCGCUCGGGUGACCUCAGUUCACUUGGACAAGCUUCUCAGCUGGGAUGAUAUGCGGGACUCUGCAGAAGUGACACCCAAGAAACGCACUGCUCCUCGCAUUGCGGAAUCUGAGUUUUACUCAGAAGAACGACAUGAUGUCUUCGCAAGAAUUCAGAUUCUCGAGCUUGCUGAGUCUGGUGAAUAUCUCCCCGUGGAGGUUCUUCAGAGCAACAACCUUGAUCCGGGCACAUCACAGCUUCACCAAGGCCUGCAACGUCGAGUCUCCAUUAACCUUACCUAUAGCUCUAGCGAGAGUCUCCCGUGGGACGACAUUUGCAAUGCUCGAGUUGGCUCGGUUCGCCUUCUUGAUCCGUGGGGAAAGAUUCCAGACCAAGAUCUCCAGACCCCAGAUGUUCCUCUUAAAUUUCUACAGGAACCCAUGGUCAGGGAUAACGCUGACGGCACCUCCAAUGUCACAAUCAUCGGUCAGUGGGAUUCCAGUCUUCAUGGCUCUUUGCUACUUGAUCGGGUAACCGCGGACAAGUAUCGGGUACAAGUGACAAUUCGCUGGGAUCUUGUCUCGUCUCGCCUGCAAGCCCCCGUCGUGUUUGAAGUCGACCAGACUAUCCAGAUUCUUGGACGUACCUACGUCCGUCAACAGUCGAUGUUUAAACAGCUCUGGAGCUCCACUCGGGUUGUACAUUCAACCACCUGCAUGUAUUCUUUGGUUAUUCGACCAAUCUCUGCGAAACGCGCGGCUGAUCUAUGGCGCAUGAAUACCCAGAAUGACUAUGUCAAGGGCGAGGAGCUGCUGACUACAUGGGCCCCACGCAAAGUUUCUCUAGUCCGAGACUACAUUGGUGCGCGCAAACGCCGAUACCGUGUGGCUGAGCUGCACGCGGCCCGAGGAGCCCUGAGCGCAGGCAGUCUGAUCGCUUCGCCGAUGAAGGGCAGUGGUCGCUCGACCCCUAUGCGGAAUCAGGAUCUCAACGAGCGCAAGACUAAGCUUCUUCGCAAAUAUGUCGAUCUCUGGUCGGCCAAGAAAGACCCUACCGAAGCGAUAUUGGUGCGGAGCAACACGGAGCCUCCCACUGACGGUGCGCAGAACAAGUCCAAUGGAGCUGAAACGGUCUCAGAUAAAAUGUCGCUCAAGCCUCGCUUUGUGGCCACUAUCCAAACUCUUCCCAAGAAUCCAUCCGUUUUGAAAGGCGGUCCUGUCUUCACCCCGGAUGACACCAACAGUGUCUGGGUUCGCCGAUUCCUGGAGCUUCGCCGGCCGUAUCUCCACGUGUACUCGGUCGAGGGGGAUGAGCUCAAUGCCAUCAACCUGCGCAAUGCUCGCGUGGAUCAUGCGCCUGACUUUGCUCGUCUGCUGGAUGGAUCCGGGGCCGGGGCCGAUCGCUCACUCUGGGCUCGCGGAAAACCGAACAUCUUCGCCGUGUACGGGACCCAGAACACCUUCCUCUUUGCCACGCGCACCGAGGCACAAAAGGUCGAAUGGAUCCUCAAGAUCGAUGAAAGCUAUUUCAGUAGCAACGGCGGCAGUCCAAUCCCCCCAGAGGUAACGCGCGAUGCACCACCUCUUCUUCUUGUUAUUUGCCAUGCCUGCGCUUAA